CUCCGCAGUUGGAAACAGGAGGAUCGCGAGUGUCCCGGAGCAGAGAGACAAACACCACCCACUGCAAGUCUCACAGUGGACGGACUUCUUUCCUCGGACAUAAGCGGGACUUGUCUUCUCUCUCUGUGGCCAGGAUGGACUCGGACUCCACCGUCCAGUGUAAACUCGUGGUUGUGGGGGACAGUCAGUGCGGGAAAAGCGCGCUGUUGAACGUGUUCGCCAAAGACAGUUUCCCUGAGUGCUACGUGCCCACGGUGUUUGAAAACUACUCGGCCAGCUUCGACCUGGACAUGCAGCGAGUGGAGCUCCGGCUGUGGGACACCUCAGGUUCUUCUUACUAUGACAACGUACGUCCCCUAUCCUACCCGGAUGCUGACGCAGUCCUCAUCUGCUUUGACAUCAGCAGACCAGAGACAUUAGACAACGUGCUUAAGAAGUGGAGAGGAGAGAUUGAGGAGUUCUGCCCUAACACCAAGAUGCUGCUGGUAGGCUGUAAGUCAGACCUCAGAACAGACCUCUUCACCAGGUCUCACAGCAGACACACUCCAGUAUCAUACGACCAGGGCUCCAACACAGCCAAGCAGCUGAGCACCCCCUACCUGGAGUGUUCCUCACUGCAGUCUGACAACAGCGUCAAGGACAUCUUCCAUGUGGCAACCCUGGCGUGUGUCAACAAGAACAACAAGAACACCAAGAGGAGGAAGUCCUCCAGAGCCACUAAGAGGAUGUCUCACAGCGGAGGAGACAUUUCCCCUGUAGCAUCAACACAUUAUCAGCAGACCAAAGCUAAGAGCUGUGCUGUUAUGUAAACACAAAUACUGAUACAGACACUGCCAUGGACAGAGCAUGUGGAGGGUCAGUCCUACAGUCUCUGUGGUUCAAGAUGUCAUUUGAACAUUAAGUGGAGACAACACUAAGUGUCUUACAAAUGUGUGUCCACUAAAACAUCCUCAGCGUUCCUCGUCACAGUGAAGGAUGAACAGUACUCUUCCAAGAUUCUUCCAAGUACUCCCGUCCAAGUAUUCCUUCAUUAAAAGAUUGGUCUGACAUGUCUGCUGUAGGUUUUCAGCAUAUUCAGAUUGACAUUAUUUUGAUACUUGUCCAACCAUUCAAUGAGCUCUCGAGUCCUGUAGCUGAGGACAGUUUCUAGUUUCUCCUCUAGUGACAUUGAUCCAAAUCCUAAUCAACCAGGCUCAACAACAUGUGCAUACAUUAGUUCAUGAGGAGGUUCACCUGAAUGUGUAUAGGAGUGUCACACUCUCUAUGCUCCUCCAACUAUUUACACCAGAUAAGUGUUGCCAUUAUCAGAAUUUUGCCCACACUAUUAUGUGACCUAGGUGUACUCAGCAGAUAUAAAGACAGUUUUCCCAGAUCUAGAUCCAGAUGAUCGCAACACCGGUUAGAGGUGAAGUGGCACUUAUUUGGGAUCUUCGAAUCUUUCGUUCUUGGAAAAGUAGGUGAUCAGGAGAUGGUCCCCUGGUAAACCCAAACUAUCAAAAGCCACCAUUUUACUACCUGAUACGAAAAUGUGAAGUUUCAUGAAGAAAUACCAAAUGAUUUUGAUGAUUCUGCACUGGAAACUAAAGGAUUACAGACUGAAAGACCAACCAGGGGGGCAAUGAAUACUUUGGAUAUCUGUGACUGUUUUGUUGGCACUCGUUCUUACCUUUUUGUUGUGGUGUAUAACCUGUUCAGCCUGCUCCAGGAUAAUUACUGGAGUGGAAACCACAUGAGCAAGCAGUGAGUUAUGGUGAUUCCACACAGCAUCACAUAAAGGAACAGCAGAGUGUACUGUCAGCCAUGAGGAUACAAAUACUACUUCUUCUGAAAUCAGCUUUAUUAUAUGAAGCUUGACAUGGUAUCUUCUCUUGUUAUUUUUGUACCUUUGUAAUAUUGGUCGAGAGCCAAACGACAAAUGCUAGGAGGAUUCCUCUGAGUUUUGAGAGCCAGGAAGGUGAGGCAGAAUGUUGAGAGGAUACUUUCUUUGAUGUUAUCAAAGUCUUGCAUGUGAUGUAUGAUAUGUAAUAUUCCUUGUGACCAAUCUUUGUUCAAAAUGUUUUGUUAUGCAAGAUACGUUUAGUUUAUUAAACAUUUUUUCAUGA